AUGGGAGCUAGUAUCAGGCGUUUGGACGAGUCCGUGGUAAACAAGAUUGCAGCCGGUGAGAUUAUCAUCUCUCCAGUGAAUGCUCUUAAGGAGAUGAUGGAGAACAGUAUCGAUGCUGGUGCCACCUCAUUGGAUGUGUUAGUGCGAGAUGGUGGUAUAAAAUUGUUGCAGAUUAGCGAUAACGGAUCUGGAAUCAGUAAAGAAGACUUACCUAUAUUGUGUGAAAGGUUCACCACAUCGAAGCUCAGCAAGUUCGAAGACCUCGAGAGUAUAGCGACAUAUGGGUUCAGAGGUGAAGCACUAGCCAGUAUAUCACAUAUCGCUAGAGUUACGAUUACCACAAAGACUGCAGCAGAUAGAUGUGCCUGGAAGGCAAGCUACAGUGAUGGCAAAAUGCUGGAGCCGCCGAAGGCAGUUGCAGGAAAAGAUGGCACUGUGAUUCUUGUAGAAGAUCUUUUCUAUAAUAUGCCAUCAAGAUUGCAAGCCUUGAGGUCUCCAAGUGAAGAGUAUGGAAAGAUUCUGGAUGUAAUAGGCCGCUAUUCGAUUCAUUCUAAAAGUAUCGGAUUCUCAUGCAAGAAAUUUGGUGACUCUCAGUUUGCAUUGACUGUGAAAAUGGAUUCUACUGACGAGGAUAGAAUAAGGACUGUUUUUGGCAAUUCUGUAUCUAAAAAUCUACUGGACAUAGCAUUGGAUGCUGAUACAGAAUUAAAUAUAAUGAGCGUUAAGGGAAAAGUAAGCAACCCCGAUUUCAACUGUAAAAGAUCUAUACCACCUGUUUUUUUCAUAAACAAUAGGCUUGUAUCGUGUAAUCCUCUGGCAAGAGCACUGCGACAGGUUUACUCUAAUUAUUUGCCAAAGGGCAAUAAACCUUUUAUCCAUUUGAGCAUUAUGAUCGAUCCAAAGUCCGUUGACGUUAAUGUGCACCCUACAAAGAGAGAGGUCAGGUUUUUACAUCAGGAUCAGAUCAUUGAAAAAAUCAACUCGCAAUUGAACGAAAAUCUUUCCCACAUAGAUACCUCACGCUCUUUCAAAGCUUCAUCCAUCUUGACUGGGAGACAACUAGGUAGUUCAUUAGAGACGGGUAGCAAAGCAAAUGAGCACUACCAACACAUAUCAGCAACACAAAAUUCUGGGUUUGUCCAAAAGGAUUAUGAAGCUAAAACUUCGAAGAGAUAUGAGAAUAAGCUAGUUCGAACUGAUGCUUCUCAAAGCAAAAUCACUUCUUUUUUACAAUCCAAUCCGACGCCUUUGAUAAGAGGCUCCAGCCAAGUUCUGAACAAUAAAGAUGCUGUUCCUAAUUCUGAUAUCUCAAAUGAUUUGGAGGAACCAACUCAAGUAGCGACUUUAAGCUCUCGGGAGUUCACGAAAGGCAAUAAAUCUUACAAAAUUGUUACCAAAGAAAGAGUAAAUGUUAAUCUGUCUAGCAUAAAAAGGUUGCGAGAGGUUGUUGACAAUUCGACCCAUAAAGAGUUGACAAAUGUAUUUGCUAAUUUGACAUAUGUGGGAAUCGCCGAUGAAGAAAGAAGACUAGCCACAAUACAGCAAGAUUUGAAACUAUUUUUGGUAGAUUACGGUGCUGUAUGCAAUGAAUUAUUUUACCAAAUUUGUUUAACAGACUUCUGUAACUAUGGUAGUAUCGAAUUACACUCAGAUUCGAAGGAAAAUCUUUGUCUUGUCAAUUUACUAAUUGGAUUUCAACACUUAGAAAAAGAUGAAAUAAACAGAAUAGUUGAGAAAAUAUGGGAGAUGCGCGAUAUGCUGCUUGAAUACUUCUCUAUUAGAUUAGAAUCUGAUGAGAAAGAUGUAGAUCAACAUGUUGGCAGUAUCAGACUUUCCGGUCUGCCAUUACUGCUGAAGGGCUAUAAUCCGCCCCUAUUGAAGCUACCGUUCUUUAUCUACAGAAUUGGAACCAAGGUAAACUGGGAAGAGGAAGAGCUAUGUCUUGAUGGCAUAAUGAGGCAAAUUGCUCUGUUCUACGUACCCGAAAUUAUUGAGCAGGUUGAUGAGUGCGAUCAGAGCUUGAGUGAAGAAGAUAAAAUCACUUUUGUCGCAAAAUCCAAUGAAAUGUCCUCAACUUUGGAGAAUGUGAUAUUUCCUUGCAUAAAGAGACGGUUCCUGGCUCCACAAAAGUUAGUUACAGAUGUCAUAGAGAUAGCGAACCUCCCUGGCUUGUACAAAGUCUUCGAGAGAUGCUAA